AGUACUAAGAAGGUCGCGAUCAACGAGGGUCCAUUUUCAUCAAGUUGUUUUAAACAAAAUUUCGAGUUCUUCAGUGAUGAAAUCGCCGCAUAAAAUAUUUAUCUUACUGCUCAUUUUAUUUCCUAAUCUGGUUGCAUCAGUGCCCAAUCAUGGUUCAAGGACAUUUAUCGGUUAUUCGUAUUGGACGCUAAGGUAUCCCUCUCUAGGAUACACUUCUGGUUGGGAAGGCUUUUGGAAUAAUUUUAACGAUGGGAGAAGAGAGUACCAACGAAAAAAAUCAGAAACCUCUGGUGCAGGAGAGUGUCCUCAUUGUCACUGCGACGAAGUUACAGAAGAGCUUGUUUGUCCAGAGUCGCUGACAAAACUGACUGUACGAAACAAAGCCAUAAAAAUUGUUAGGAAUGGUCAAUUGCCAAAGAACUUAAAGGAAAUCAAAAUUUUCAAUUCUCAACUUAAAGACAUCGAAGAAGAAGCAUUUCACAACUUGACCGAACUUCAAAAAUUAAAUAUGGCUAUGAAUAACCUCGACGACUUUCCGGACUUGUCCACCAACAUAGCCUUGCAGGAACUAGAUUUAUAUCAGAACAAGAUAAGGCUCUGGCGCCACAAUUACACUUCUUUGCCCAAGGAUAUAGAGAAGAUAAUUCUCAUUGACAACGAGCUGGAUUGGAUACCUGAAAAGUGGUUUGAUCUGCCAAAUUUGAAAUACAUAGCUCUGAGUAUGAACAAGUUAAAACGCUUUCCAGGAGCUGCAUUUAUCAACUGCAGAUCUUUGGAAUACCUAUCCGUUGACUACAACGAAAUAACAUCAAUUACGUAUCCCAACUUGCGACCCUUUUUUGGAAAUGAUUCGCAGCUUCUACAUUUGAACUUGAGCAAUAACGCCAUAAAUAGCAUAGCUCCAAAGGCUCUACAGCAUCUAAUUCAUCUGAAGGUUCUGGAAUUACACGAUAAUGCCAUUAAACUUAUUGGUGCGAAGGUUUUCUACAAUAUACCAGAGCUAUUCCAUCUAGACCUACUGGGUAACAAGCUAGAGACCAUCGCUGCAGAAGGAUUUAGCCCUGCGUUCCAAGAUCUUCCUAAACUACAAUGCUUGGUUCUAAUGGCACAAAAUCCCAAAGCACGUCACGUGAUGUUUAACUCAUUUGUCAAUCUACCUGCGUUGGAAGAUUUGUGGUUGAACAAUAACGGAUUUCGAACAUUUCCACAUCCAUCACUGUCCCACGAGUUAAGACCUGCUUUAAAGUUUCUGCAUUUGGAAACCAACGAGAUCGAGUCAUUACCAAGCUACGACAAAGACGACUUUCCGCCAGACCUGGAAAAUUUACAAGCUGAUCUCAAAGCGAAGCACAAACCAUUCAAGAACACGCCGAACUUGGAAAAACUGUUUCUUCAUUCAAAUCGCAUUCUAGGCAUUGCAGAAGACGACUUAUGGAUGUUGAGCAAAAUGAGUGAACUUUUCUUGAGUGCCAACAAACUGGUGAAUUCGAGCGUUCAUGCCAAUGCAUUUAGGAAACUCACAAGAUUAACAGUGUUGCAUCUUGAUUGGAACAAGUUUCAUUAUAUUCCUCUGGCAAUUCAAGGGAAAAGUCGCCUUCCAUCGAUCGAUAGCUUAGACCUGAGAGGAAACAGCUUUACAUACGUACUUAAGGGGGCGUUUUCUGAACUGGACACCAUCAGAAACCUCCAUAUGCAGGACAACAAAAUCGUAACUAUAGAAAAUGGCGCUUUUAAUGAGAAUAUCAAGCAAAUACACAUGGAGAGAAAUCGCUUCAACUUCAAACAUGAGAAUCAGUUUACAAACCUGACCAAACUGACUCAGUUGUAA